GCCGCCGCCACCGCCACCGCCACUCCGUUCCCAAAUCGCACCAGCUCCUCCAAGCAACCAAUCAUGUCCGGCCGCGGCAAGGGCGGGAAGGGUCUGGGGAAGGGCGGGGCCAAGCGCCACCGGAAGGUGCUGCGGGACAACAUCCAGGGCAUCACCAAGCCGGCGAUCCGGCGGCUGGCGCGGCGGGGCGGCGUGAAGCGCAUCUCGGGGCUCAUCUACGAGGAGACCCGCGGCGUGCUCAAGAUCUUCCUCGAGAACGUCAUCCGCGACGCUGUCACCUACACCGAGCACGCCCGCCGCAAGACCGUAACAGCCAUGGACGUCGUCUACGCGCUCAAGCGACAGGGACGCACCCUCUACGGAUUCGGCGGCUGAUCUCUGUUCAGUCUCUGCAAAAAAGUGAUGCAUGUGUCCCUGUGCUAUAUGGGUUUCUUCUGAGUGCGUGCGUUGUUGUUCCAUCGGUGUGUAGUUACUGUAAGGCGAUUGAAUAUGAAUGGAAUGGAUUCAAUGGAA